AUGGCACCGCCAACGCUACAGGAUCUCGAGAACGACGGUCGGUUAGCUGACGCGAACAGCAAUCCCGGCAUGAACUUGCUUCUCUCACUGACCUUGAAGCUCGUGCCGAAUGCCAAGAAUGGCGAGAUGGGGAAUACAUUCGACUUUGCGCACGCGCCGCCAAUGUUGCCCAAUGGACCUGGGCCUGGCGAGGCGAAUGCUGCCCUGAGCCAGAAUGCGCCGCCGCCGCCGCCGGUGAGUGCCGUGCCGGACAUGCGCCCUGCUGCGUCAGCAGCGCCGAUGGCGCCGCCGCUCGGGACAGGCAAGGCCCCGCCCGUGCUGGACGGUAUGCCCAAUGUUCCCCCCCUCCAGGAGCCGCUUCUUCCCCCAUUCCCCGCGCCGGGGGUAUCGGGGAAUGGACCGUUCCCUGUGCCAUUUGGGCCAUUUGAUCCGACCACACAGCUAGAUUCGAUUGCGUCUGCUGCGAGCGAGACGGCGGCGAACGAGUUUAGCGAAGGCAUGUACUCCAAGCCCCCCACCGACCCUGCCGUCCAGUUGCCAACGAUCCCCCCCCCUUUCUUCCCCCCGCAGUCGCCUGCCUCGUACCUGUCAAUGAUGCGACAGGCGUCACUCGGUGCGCAGAGCUUUGGCGGCCCCCGUCUGGAUGCCACGGCCGGCAGCACGCCUGAGAGCGUUGCACGCACGCCGAGCCCGUCCAACGUGCAAAACGCGAUGCUUUACGGCCCGAAUACACCGCGAUCGAUCGCGACGCCGAUGCCGAUCUCGCGCGAUGCGUCGUUCGAGUCGCAAAACAGCCUCUUGCACCUCUCGGCGAGCGAGCCCGAGCUGCCACGGCCGAAUCUGGUCAAGCUCGAGCGCGACUUGUCUGCGCCCGACUCGCUGCGCCAUAUUCCGCGUGCGGACGAGGAGGAGGCGCAGCGCAAGGCGAUCGAGGAGGCGGUGCGCAACCUCAGUGCGCACCACCAGAUGGCUUCGACGGCUGCGCUGCAGCACCACCAACGCAAGAUGGGCAUGCCGCUCAAGCACGGCGACGAGCCGCUGCCGAGCCAUGUGGCGGCCAAGCACGCGCUCGAGCCGUUGAAUGGCCCGGCGAAGCGCGCGCGCUCCGACACGCCGCAUCCGCCCGAGUUCAAGCCGCAGCUCUUGUCCAAGAGCGGCGGCACGACGCCGGUGCUUGCGCGUGCCGAGGAACUGCAGCGCUCUGCGUCGACGUCGGAUCUUGCGUCGCAGAAGCGCUUCCAGUGCCCGAAAUGUUCGCGCGCGUUUGCGCGUGCCUAUAAUCUGAAUACGCACCUCUCGACGCACGACCCCGACCCCAACCGGGCGAAGCCCUUCCCGUGCCCGUACAAGUCGUGCAAGUCUGAAGGCGGGCGCUCGUUUUCGCGCAAGCAUGACCUGCAGCGCCACGUCGCGAGUGUGCACGAGUGGGAGCCCGAGCCGGGCGUUAGCGAGAGCACCGGCGAGGUGGUGAGCGGCGGGGACACGGGCGGCCUUGCCUCGCUGGGCCUCGGCGCGCCCGGCAAAAAGUUCCGGUGCGACAAGUGCACGCGCGCGUUUGUACGCCGCGAUGCGCUGCGCCGGCACCACUGCGAGCGCAUGGCCGAGCACACGGACGAUGCGCGCGAUUCGCAGCCCGACAGCCCAGCGUCACCGUACGCAGUGCGCAACGUCUCGGGCGACGUUGUGCACCAGGUUGCGCUGCAGCUGAUGGCCGAGGCCGAGGCCAAGGGAGAGACACUGAAUGCAGGCGACCGCCAUAGUCCUGUGGACGCCUCGCGCAGUUCGUCUGCGAUCAGUGUCGCACGGUAG